AUGCCUCCACCCUCCAACAAGGUGCCGGCACCAUCUGGCAGCCCCGAGGUACUCGAUGACUUUCAAAAGACCCUCGCUGCAGCGGAGGCUCUCAUUAUGUUGAAGAAUCAGCCCGUCAUCUUCAACAAAGCUGCCAAAACUGGAAACACCAACAAGCAAUCACCAGGUAAAGAUCAAGACAAGCAGACAGUUGGUGAAGACCCAGAAGUCCUUGAAGCUGCAGCUAUCCUCAUGAACAUGGCGACUGCCGAUAGUGUGCAUCUCGAGAACAACUCCGGUGAAAUGGAUUCGGCGACCGACUCUGAGGUUGACAAGCUUCCGAAGGCCAAGCCCUCGCUCAUUGUCCAGCCUCCGACGGCUAAGCGUUCGCUCAUUGUCCGGCUUCCUGUCCUCCACAAGUGCGAGAGGUUCGUUAGAGGUCGUUACAUCACUCUCGAUGAUGGUACUCAAUUUGACCAAGAGUCCCGUCUUCCCAUUCGUGGCUGGGACCCUCGCCGAGGCAGAGUGUUCACUUGGACACGCGAACCGCCUGCUGACUGGAACAGUCCCAAAGACGUUGAGGCGCUGAACAAGUGGUACAACCAGCUCUACAGGCGCGCCUACUUCCACAAGGUGCGCCCGGACAACCAGGGGUUAGGGUGGUCUGAAGACGAAAAGCAAUGGAUCCGCGAAGCGCUCGAAGCCAACCCUCAAGUCGACCGCAAGGAGUUGCACAGGAGCUUCAACAAGCACUUCAACGGCCGCAAGGUGACAGACAACGUCAAUACGGGGAAUAGAAAGGAUAACAUCCAGACCACCACGAGGACCCGUAUCUGUACCUUUCGCACUUACAUUCAGUUCUCCAACGCCAUUGGCAACCAUAGCCUCAAUUCACAUGCCGAAAGCGAUCCUGAGAGCGAUGAGAUCCAAGACUUAAGUGCUGCUGAAACAGAUGACGAGGGUGACGACCAGAGCUACGAACCUGAAACUCCCUCUGCGAAGCGCCCUCGCCUCCUUGACUCCCGCUAA